AUGGAGUCAGCACCAGGCGGGGAGCGGAGGAGGAGAGAGAGCCCCGGAGUCAGCGCCAGGCUGGGAGCGGAGGAGGAGCGGGAGCCCCAGAGUCAGCGCCAGGCCGGGAGAGGAGGAGGAGAGGGAGCCCCAGAGUCAGUGCCAGGGUGGGAGCAGAGGAGGAGAGGGAGCCCCGGAGUCAGCGCCAGGCUGGGAGCGGAGGAGGAGAGGGAGCCCCGGAGUCAGCGCCAGGCCGGGAGCAGAGGAGAGGGAGCCCUGGAGUCAGCGCCAGGCCAGGAGCAGAGGAGGAGAGGGAGCCCCUCAGUCUGCACCAGGCUGGGAGCGGAGGAGGAGAGAGAGCCCCGGAGUCAGCACCAGGCCAGGAGCAGAGGAGGAGAGGGAGCCCCGGAGUCAGCGCCAGGCCGGAAGCGGAGGAGUAGAGGGUGCCACGGAGUUAGCGCCAGGCUGGGAGCGGAGGAGGAGAGGGAGCCCCGAAGUCAGCGCCAGGCCAGGAGCGGAGGAGGAAAGGUAGCCAUGGAGUCAGCGCCAGACUGGGAGCGAAGGAGGAGAGGGAGCCCCAGAGUCAGCACCAGGCUGGGAGCAAAGGAGGAGAGGGAACCCCGGAGUCAGCACCAGGCCGGGAGUGGAGGAGGAGAGGUAGCCCUGGAGUCAGCGCCAGGCCAGGAGCAGAGGAUGAGAGGGAGCCCCAGAGUCAGCGCCAGGCUGGGAGCGGAGGAGAAGAGGGAGCCCCGGAGUCAGCGCCAGGCCGGGAGCGGAGGAGGAGAGGGAGCCCCGGAGUCAGCGCCAGGCCGAGAGCGGAGGAGGAGAGGGAGCCACAGAGUCAGCGCCAGGCAGGGAGCAGAGGAGGAGAGGGAGCCCUGUAGUCAGUGCCAGGGUGGGAGCAGAGGAGGAGAGGGAGCCACGGAGUCAGCACCAGGCGGGGAGCGGAGGAGGAGAGGGAGCCCCAGAGUCAGCGCCAGGCCGGGAGCGGAGGUGGAGAGGGAGCCCCGAAGUCAGCGCCAGGCCAGGAGCGGAGGAGGAACGGUAGUCAUGGAGUCAGCGCCAGACUGGGAGCGGAGGAGGAGAGGGAGCCCCAGAGUCAGCACCAGGCUGGGAGUGGAGGAGGAGAGGGAACCCCGGAGUCAGCACCAGGCCGGGAGCGGAGGAGGAGAGGGAGCCCUGGAGUCAGCGCCAGGCCAGGAGCAGAGGAGGAGAGGGUUCCCCGGAGUCAGCGCCAGGCUGGGAGCGGAGGAGAAGAGGGAGCCCCGGAGUCAGCGCCAGGCCGGGAGCAGAGGAGGAGAGGGAUCCCCGAAGUCAGCGCCAGGCUGGGAGCAGAGGAGGAGAGGGAGCCCCGGAGUCAGCACCAGGCCGGGAGCGGAGGAGGAGAGGGAGCCCUGGAGUCAGCGCCAGGCCGGGAGCGGAGGAGGAGAGGGAGCCCUGGAGUCAGCGCCAGGCCAGGAGCAGAGGAGGAGAGGGAGCCCCGGAGUCAGCGCCAGGCCGGGAGCGGAGGAGGAGAGGGAUCCCCGAAGUCAGCGCCAGGCUGGGAGCGGAGGAGAAGAGGGAGCCCCGGAGUCAGCACCAGGCCAGGAGCAGAAGAGGAGAGGGAGCCCCGGAGUCAGCGCCAGGCCGGGAGCGGAGGAGGAGAGGGAGCCACAGAGUCAGCGCCAGGCUGGGAGCGGAGGAGGAGAGGGAGCCCCGAAGUCAGCGCCAGGCCAGGAGCGGAGGAGGAAAGGUAGUCAUGGAGUCAGCGCCAGACUGGGAGCGGAGGAGGAGAGGGAGCCCCAGAGUCAGCACCAGGCUGGGAGUGGAGGAGGAGAGGGAACCCCGGAGUCAGCACCAGGCCGGGAGCGGAGGAGGAGAGGGAGCCCUGCAGUCAGCGCCAGGCCAGGAGCAGAGGAGGAGAGGGUGCCCUGGAGUCAGCGCCAGGCUGGGAGCGGAGGAGAAGAGGGAGCCCCGGAGUCAGCGCCAGGCCGGGAGCAGGGGAGGAGAGGGAUCCCCGAAGUCAGCGCCAGGCUGGGAGCAGAGGAGGAGAGGGAGCCCCGAAGUCAACGCCAUGCUGGGAGCAGAGGAGGAGAGGGAUCCCCGAAGUCAGCGCCAGGCUGGGAGCAGAGGAGGAGAGAGAGCCCCGGAGUCAGCACCAGGCCGGGAGCGGAGGAGGAGAGGGAGCCCUGGAGUCAGCGCCAGGCCGGGAGCGGAGGAGGAGAGGGAGCCCUGGAGUCAGCGCCAGGCCAGGAGCAGAGGAGGAGAAGGAGCCCCGGAGUCAGCGCCAGGCCGGGAGCGGAGGAGGAGAGGGAUCUCCGAAGUCAGCGCCAGGCUGGGAGCGGAGGAGGAGAGGGAGCCCCGGAGUCAGCACCAGGCCAGGAGCAAAGGAGGAGAGGGAGCCCCGGAGUCAUCGCCAGGCCGGGAGCGGAGGAGGAGAGGGAGCCACGGAGUCAGCGCAAGGCUGGGAGCGGAGGAGGAGAAGGAGCCCCGGAGUCAGCGCCAGGCCGGGAGCGGAGGAGGAGAGGGAUCUCCGAAGUCAGCGCCAGGCUGGGAGCGGAGGAGGAGAGGGAGCCCCGGAGUCAGCACCAGGCCAGGAGCAAAGGAGGAGAGGGAGCCCCGGAGUCAGCGCCAGGCCGGGAGCGGAGGAGGAGAGGGAGCCACGGAGUCAGCGCAAGGCUGGGAGCGGAGGAGGAGAAGGAGCCCCGAAGUCAGCACCAGGCCAGGAGCGGAGGAGGAAAGGUAGCCACAGAGUCAGUGCCAGACCGGGAGCAGAGGAGAGGGAGCCAUGGAGUCAGCACCAGGCGGGGAGCGGAGGAGGAGAGGGAGCCCCGGAGUCAGCGCCAGGCUGGGAGCGGAGGAGGAGCGGGAGCCCCAGAGUCAGCGCCAGGCUGGGAGAGGAGGAGGAGAGGGAGCCCCAGAGUCAGUGCCAGGGUGGGAGCAGAGGAGGAGAGGGAGCCCCGGAGUCAGCGCCAGGCUGGGAGCGGAGGAAGAGAGGGAGCCCCGGAGUCAGCGCCAGGCCGGGAGCAGAGGAGAGGGAGCCCUGGAGUCAGCGCCAGGCCAGGAGCAGAGGAGGAGAGGGAGCCCCUGAGUCAGCGCCAGGCUGGGAACGGAGGAGGAGAGGGAGCCCCGAAGUCAGCACUAGGCCAGGAGCAGAGGAGGAGAGGGAGCCCCGGAGUCAGCGCCAGGCCGGAAGCGGAGGAGGAGAGGGAGCCACGGAGUCAGCGCCAGGCCAGGAGCGGAGGAGGAAAGGUAGCCAUGGAGUCAGCGCCAGACUGGGAGCGGAGGAGGAGAGGGAGCCCCAGAGUCAGCACCAGGCUGGGAGCGGAGGAGGAGAGGGAACCCCGGAGUCAGCGCCAGGCCGUGAGUGGAGGAGGAAAGGUAGCCCUGGAGUCAGCGCCAGGCCAGGAGCAGAGGAGGAGAGGGAGCCCCAGAGUCAGCGCCAGGCUGGGAGCGGAGGAGAAGAGGGAGCCCCGGAGUCAGCGCCAGGCCGGGAGCGGAGGAGGAGAGGGAGCCCCGGAGUCAGCACCAGGCGGGGAGCGGAGGAGGAGAGGGAGCCCCAGAGUCAGCGCCAGGCCGGGAGCGGAGGAGGAGAGGGAGCCCCGGAGUCAGCGCCAGGCCGGGAGCGGAGGAGGAGAGGGAGCCCCGGAGUCAGCGCCAGGCCGGGAACGGAGGAGGAGAGGGAGCCCUGCGCCAGGACUGCACACCCAUCCCGCUACCAGGCUGUUGAAUGACGUCAUCAGAUGUGGACCGCCCAGCUGA